AUGGAGGGCGAGGCCCUGCUGAACGACGCGUCGGCCAUCACGCUGUUUGAGGUGUUCAUGCACAUCCUGGAGGACCACCCGGGCGCCAGCGACAUGCCCACCGUCUGCGAGGGGUCGGCGGGGGAGGUGCUGGGGGAGGUGGUGGAGGAGUGCCCCUUCAUACACCACUCGCAGCAGCUGCGCUCGGGCGCGGUGGCGCCGCAGUGCAACAGCAUCGGCUCCGAGGAUGGCGCCGGCAAGCCGGCGGGCGGCGAGCAGGACAUUGAGAUGGGGCUGCGGCAGCCCCCGGGCGCAGCCUCCAUGGCAGCGGCCGCCGGCGCCGUGGCCGGCGCGGCCACCAUGGCAGGCGCAGCGCUCGCGCGGGCCUCGGGCGCUGCGGCAGCGGCCCUGCCAGGCGGCAUUCCUGGCGGCAUGCCCAGCGUCGCCGCCACCGCCGCCAGCCCCGCCGUCGUUGUGACGGCGCCUGCAGCAGGCUCGCCUAUGCGUGCGGCGGCAGCAGCGGCAGCGGCACCAGCGCCCAAACCACCAGCGGCGGCGCCGGGGGAUGAGGAGGGGGACGAGGAGGAGCUGAGCGCCGAGAACCUUCUGUUCAUCCGCCAGCUGCAGCAGAGCCAGAAGCAGCGGCGCCCCGCCCUGGGCUCCCUCUUCACGCCCGGCGCCGAUGCCGAGCAGGCGCCGCCGUCCCCGCUGGCGCAGUCCGCGUCUGGCGGCGCCGGCGCCGGCACCUUCUACCGCUCCGGCUCGCUGCAGACCAUCACAGAGCACCAGCAGCAGGUGCAGCCCGAGGCGGCGCAGGGGCAGGUGGGCUGGCACCAACAGCAGCCCGAGGGCUCGGCGCCCGCCUCCGAGGCGGGCGGCGACGCCGAGCUGUAUUAUAGCUCCAUGCCUGCCGCCGUCGGGCGCCAGCUGGCGCGGCAGCUGCAUGAGCACCAGCUGCAGGAGGCGGCAGCCUCGCUGGCUGCCGAGGGCCCUGCUCCCAGCGGGACCCUGGCAGCGGGCGCGGCGGGCAGCGCCAGCGAGGCGCCGACGGGGCACACCCGCACCGCCUCUUCCGACGAGCUGUACUACAGCUCCAUGCCGGCGAUGGUGGGGCGCCAGCUGGCGCAGCAGCUGCACCAGCAGCUGCAGGAGGCGCCUGAGCCGCCGCCGCGGCCACCGCUGCCACACCCGCCGCCGGCUGCCACGCUCGCACCUGCGGCCAGCUCCGAUGCCGGCGCCUCUCCAGUCACCGCAGCAGCAGCAGUCGCAGCAGCAGGGGCAGCAGGGGCGUCCGGUACAGCGGCGCACGCGCCGCCGCCAGACAUCCCCCUGGGCUAUUACAGCAGCCUGCCUGCGGCGGUGGGGCGCCAGCUGGGCGCCCAGCUGCGGCAUGAGAUGGCGGCGGCAGGCGGCGCGGCGGGGCAGCCCGCCUCGCCACAUCAGCAGCCUGCGUUGCAGCCACCCGCCGGCGGUGAGGACCUGCACCUGGGCUAUUACAGCAGCCUGCCUGCGGCCGUGGGGCGCCAGCUGGCGCAGCAGCUCAAGCAGGAGCAGUUUGCGGCAGGGGCUGCCACCGCAGCCGCGGGCGCUGCGCCGCACCAGGAGCAGCAGGGCGUGGCAAGCGGCCAGCCUCAGCAGCCAGCUCCCAGCCAGGAUCUGCCUGCGGCGUACUACUCCAGCCUGCCUGCAGCAGCUGGGCGGGACCUGCAGCGCCAGCUGCAGCAGCAGCUGGCGACCAGCCAGGCGCGGGGCGGUGCCGCUGCCGCCGCCGCCGAGGAAAUCCAGCCCGCCGCGCCGCGGGGUGACGCGGCUGGCGGGCAGGCGGCAGGGGCCGACCAUUAUUCCACAAUGCCGGCAGCCCUGGGCCGCUCUCUGCAGCGCCAGCUGGCAGAGCAGCUGGAGGCGGGGCCUGCCUCGGAGGCCGGCACCAGCCGGUCCAGCAGCAUGGAGCCAGGUGGCGCCGGUACCACCGGUACCGCCGUCGCGGGCGGCCCGCUGCAGCGCAAGGUGCCGCCGUUUGGCAGCUCGGGCGACGUGCGGCGGCCGCCGCGGCCCGGCGGCGUGCGCCCCUCGCCCUCCAAUGAGGCGCUGAGCCAGCACCCUGCGGCCGCGGCCGCCGCCGCGGCGGGCCUGCACGCCGCCACGCCGCGCCCCGGCAGCAGCAGGCAGCACCGCCUGGCAACGCCCGCGCCGCGCGGGCAGGCGGCCUGGGAGGAUUACCACCGCACCGUGACCGGGGCCGCGGGCCCCAGCCUUGCGGCCGAGGUGCAGCGGCAGCUGGCCGCGCAGCGCGCCGGCGCCGGCGCCCCCUCCUCCGCCACCACCGCAGCGGCGGGGCCCCUCACCGCCCUGCCGCAGCGCGACCUGCUGGGCCGCAAGAUCGCGGCUGGCCCCGGCGCCGGCGCCGGCCCCGGCGAGGCCACUGGUGCCGGAGCUCUCAGCGAGAUGCGGAGCCGCCUGGUGGCGGGGCUCAAGCGCUACUUCCACGCCAAGCGCAUGGAGGGCCUGCUGUCGGGCAUGCGCAUCCUGGACUACGCCUGCGACCAUGCCGCGGAGCGCACGCAGGAGCCGCUGGGCAUGUGGCGCCUGCUGGAGAAGGAGGUGGCGGGCAACCUGACCACCCGCAUCAUGGCCCGCUGCCUCAUGUGGGUGGCCCGCUGCUGGCGCUCCUCGCCCCGCUGGCUGCAGGCCGCCACCUCCUGGCCCGUCAAGAAGGUGUCGGGCUUCCUGCGCCGCGUGCUGGGCCAGCGCAUGCUUGUGUCGUGCGAGGUAGCUGUGGAGUACUACCUGUCCAUGAUACACUCACCCCAGAUCCAGUGGCUGCAACAGUCAGAGGAGGCGUGGCCGCUGCAGCAGGAGGUGGAGGUGGAGGUGGAUGCGGCCUACAGGUUCAUCAUCGACCGAGAGAUCGAGGCGCCCGACCGCUUCCAGGCCAUCCAGUCCUACCGCGCCGCCAUGGCCGUGCUUCGCCAGCAGCUCACCUUUGUGCACGAGCUGUUCGAGUCGGGCAUGGUGGACGGCGGCGAGAAGGACGACAUGACGGCGCCGCUGGACAAGCGCAUGCGUCACCUGGAGAUCACGGGCCCCGUGUGGAAGCCGCCCCGCCCGCGCACCGUGCUGCGCGGGCUGCCCUUUAUGCAGGUGCUGCCGGACGAGCUGUUCCGCGCCAUCCUGGCGGCAGGGACCGUCAAGGACAUGCGCACGGGCGUGGCCUUCUGGGCCAGCUCCGACCUGCCAGAGGUCAGCCAGGGCGAGGCGGGGCCCGGCUGCUAUGUGGUGCUGUCCGGCGUCAUCCGCCGCAUCCACCAGCGCCCAGACGGAACCACCAAGGAAUAUUACCAAGGGAUCGGCGGCGUGGUGGGCGCGCUGCUGGCCAUCACGGGCACCCGCCUGCCCGGCGUGGAGACGGCGGUGGCGGAGGGCAACACGCUGGGCAAGGGGCCCGUGCUCUUCCACAUCCCGCAGUCUGCCAUGCACCUGGUGAAGCUGCGGGCCAACGAGGGCGACCCCGGCGCCGCGCUGCUCCGCCUGCAGCUGCUGCGCAUGGGCGCCGCCUUUGUGACGGAGAGCUGCGAGUCGGACGUGGCGGAGUCCAUCCACCUGCACCUGCUGCAGCUGGCCGCCGCCAGGAUGGGGCGCGCCCUGAAGCGCCGCCCCACCCGGCACAGCAGCAGCCGGCUGCACAGCGCCGCGGGCACGGCCCCUGGCAGCCCACGCGCCGGCGCCGGGCCCCAGCCCGAGGCGCUGCCCCGCCUGCAGCCGGCGCCACCCGCGGCACCCCUGCCCGCGUCCUCCGGCCUGCGCCGCAGCUCCUCACUUGCUCGCCUGUCCGCCUGGCGGCAGCUGCAGCCGCAGCCGCAGGGCGGCACCGGUGGGGACGACGAGGACGAGGACGAGAAUGAGGGUGGGCUGAUGGGGCGGCUGCCCUCGCAGCUGCAGCACCUGCAGCGGCAGGCGGCGCCCGCCCCGAGCGGCCUACGCACCUCCAAGAGUUUCGGUGGCCACCUGGCCGAGCUGAUGCAGCAAAUCGCCAAGGAAGAGUUUGAGGAGAUGAACAGAGGCGGCGGCGGCGGCGGUGGCCCCUCGCACCUGCAGCAGGCAUGUGGUGUGGAGGAGGGGUAUGAGGAGGGCGGACCCACCUCCCCAGGGGCCUCGGAGGGCGGCCCCGCAGGCAGCAGCACCGCAGACCUGCCAGCUAUGGCGGCAGGCGCGGGCGGUGGCACGCCCGGCCCCGCCGCCAACGGCCAUGCCGAGCCCGCCAGCAGCCGGGGGCUGCUCAGCGCCAGCUCGGUGCCGCGCGGCUCGGGCUCAGCGGAUGCGGCCGGCCACGCGGUGGCGGCGGCGGCGGCCAAGGCGGCACGCGCGAUGCGGCACCGGGCGCGCGCGGCGGAACGGCGCGCGCCGCAGUUUGCGCCGGAGGAGGCCGGCGGCGCGACGCCGACGCCGGGCACGCCGCCACGGCGCUAUCGCGGCUCCGACGGCGGCGCCGAAACUGCCGCCAACACCGGCGCCGCGCUGGCCGGCGCCGGCAGCGGCGGCCUGCCAGCUGGCCUGCGCCGCGUCAGCGCCACGGGAGAGCACGACUGGGAGGCGGCACUGGCGGCGGCGGCCGCCGCGGCGGCCGCGCCUCCGGCGCCCCGCAUCCUGCCCUGGCUCUGGGCGCCUCGCUACCGCUUCAACGCCGGCGCCGGCGUGCGGCUGGCGGGCGAGCAGCGCUGGGCAGCGGGGCCCUCUGGCGCCCUGCUGCUCGCCUGCCUCACAGAGGGCGGCGAGGCGCCGGCGGGUGUGGCGGAGGCGGAGGCGGCGGCGGCGGCUGCGGCGGCCGCCGAGGCCGCGGCAGCCGCCGACGUGGAGGCGGCAGCUGCCCUGCAGUCGCACCCGCUGGACCUCAGCAGCGCAGGCUCCCAGGGGGGGCAGGCGGUGGGCGCAGAGGGCGGUGAGGGCAGCGGCCGCGGGGCGGGCACGGCGCGGCGAGCGCUGCGUGUGGCCUCCUCCGUCGCCUCCCCCGCCACGCGCGCCACAUCUGGCUUUCUGCGGAUGAUGCCCUGGCAGCACCGCUACUCCCGCGGCAGCAACAGCGCCAGCCAGGGCGGGGAGGCAGACGGCGGCGCCGCCGCCGACGGCAGCAGCCACACGCCCAGCAGCGGCGACGGCAGCGGGCACGGCGGCUCUGCCAUGCAGCAGCAGCUGCGGGUGCCGCUGGAGCGUUUGGCGCGCUCCCGCCCCUCGGACGCGGCGGCGCGCUCCGUCCACAGCGCACGCUGA